CACAUUACUCUCUCUCUGUCUUCUCUGUAGAUCUGAGCGUACACAGAGCAUACCCUGCCAUCCUUGUCUGAUGAAAGAGUCACGACAUCUGCUUCAGAUACACAGACCAUAUUCGCAUACAAAGAUGCAGCCCACUGUGGUUCUUCUCUUCUCCUCGAUCUUCCUCCUGGCUUUCAUCAUCCCAUUCUGCUUCUCCCAGAACGAGGGAGACCUGGUUGUUCAGACACGUACCGGUCGAGUUCGAGGCAUCCGCCAGCUGGUGCCGGAUCAGAGCUACAUAACUGCUUUUCUGGGCAUACCCUUUGCUGAGCCCCCACUGGGGAACCGCCGUUUCCGUCCUCCAGAACCCAAACGUCCGUGGACUGGAGUGAUCGAGGCCAAGGAAUACCCCAACGCGUGCUAUCAGUAUGUGGACACAGCAUUCCCAGGCUUCCAGGGCAGUGAGAUGUGGAAUCCUAACAGAGACAUGAAUGAGGACUGCCUCUACCUCAAUGUCUGGGUGCCCUCCUCGCCCAGACCUCACAACCUCACUGUCAUGGUGUGGAUCUAUGGUGGAGGCUUCUACAGUGGAUCUUCUUCUCUGGAUGUGUAUGAUGGUCGUUACCUAGCUCACAGCGAGACAGUCAUUGUGGUUUCGAUGAACUACCGGAUCGGUGCUUUCGGCUUCCUGGCUCUGCAUGGCUCCUCCGAGGCUCCUGGCAAUGUCGGCCUCCUUGACCAGAGGAUGGCGCUGCAGUGGGUACAAGACAACAUCCAUUUCUUUGGUGGAAACCCUAAACAGGUUACGAUCUUUGGCGAGAGUGCUGGUGGAGCUUCAGUAGGAUUCCACCUGUUGUCUCCAGACAGCCGACCCACUUUCACUAGAGCCAUCCUCCAGAGCGGGGUCCCCAACUGCCCCUGGGCCUCAGUGAGUCCCGCUGAAGCCCGCAGACGUGCCACACAGCUGGCAAAGUUUGUCGGUUGCAACGGAGGAAACGACACCGAGAUAAUAGACUGUCUGCGCAGUAAAAGUCCACAGCAACUUAUCGAUCAUGAGUGGCAGGUUCUGCCAUGGUCCGCUCUGUUCCGAUUUUCAUUUGUGCCUGUUGUGGAUGGCGAGUUUCUGCCCGACACUCCUGAGGCCAUGCUCAACUCAGGGAACUUUAAAGACACGCAGAUUCUCCUCGGCGUUAAUCAGAAUGAAGGCUCCUACUUCCUGCUGUAUGGAGCACCAGGCUUCAGCAAGGACAACGACAGUCUGAUCUCCAGAGAGGACUUCCUGGAAAGUGUUAGGUUGAGCGUACCUCAUGCUAAUGAUAUCGGCCUGGAAGCAGUGGUGCUGCAGUACACCGACUGGAUGGAUGAGAACAAUGAGAUAAAAAAUCGUGAUGCCAUGGAUGACAUUGUCGGUGACCACAACGUCAUCUGCCCGCUGGCCCACUUCGCUCGCUCUUAUGCACAACACAAUGCCCUCAAGGCUAACGUGGGUGGCAUCAACUUUGGUGGGGUGAACAGUGGAAACUCACAAGGAGGGAUGUAUCUUUACCUUUUCGAUCACCGGGCAUCCAAUCUGGCCUGGCCAGAAUGGAUGGGGGUGAUCCAUGGCUAUGAGAUUGAAUUUGUUUUCGGGCUGCCACUGGUGAAGAGGCUCAACUACACCCGAGAUGAGGAGAAGCUAAGCCGACGUAUGAUGAAAUAUUGGGCCAACUUUGCUCGGACUGGAAAUCCCAAUGACGUGCAGGGAGAUAGAGGGAAACGCUGGCCUGUGUUUACCGUCAGCGAGCAAAAACACGUUGGCCUCAACACCGAGUCACUCAAGAUUCACAAAGGUUUGCGAAACCAGAUGUGCGCAUUCUGGAAUCGCUUCCUGCCACGCCUUCUCAAUAUUACUGGUAAAUACUAUUAAAUAUUACUUCAUCUCUACACUUGAAAUCUGUACUGAAUGCAGGUCUUCACUUAUGUUCCACUUAAAAUUAUGACACUUCUCACUGGAUGCAUGAUACAAGAAUUAUUUUAAACUAAAGUGGAGCUUUCCCACAUAGCAGGCAGGUCUGGCCCGGAUCUGGUGUCAAGCCG